UAAAUAGUCAAGACUAAUUAAAUUCUAGUCUCAUUCAUAGAUGAAGACAAGUCCCAUUUGUCUUUAUCUAUGGUCUCAUUGACUCUGUUGAUUAAAUCAUAUUUAGUUUGGUGGAAGAAAUGAGGCUAUAGCUGCUAUAUAGGUGUAAAAGUAGCGGUAAAAGUUUCACUUUUCAGUAUUAGUUACAUAGUGAUGUAUGUUCGUUCGACCUGAAUAGUAUUUCACGUAUUUUAGCUCAUCACAGUAUUUAAAUAAAAAUAGUAUUAACAAUGUCGAAGGUAUUUAUUGUCUCAGGAUGUCGUACCCCUAUAGGUAACUUCCAAGGGCAAUUUGAAAAGUAUGCAGCCUCAGAAUUGGGUUCCAUAGUUAUUGCUGAAGCCCUAGUGAGGGCCAAGGUAAAACCUGAAGAUGCAGAUCAAUGUAUAAUGGGCCAGGUCUUGACUGCAGGGCAGGGACAAAACCCUGCACGACAAGCCGCUAUAAAUGCAAAAAUUCCGAACUCCGCCCCGGCCUUAACCAUUAAUAUGUUAUGUGGAUCUGGACUCAAAGCUGUAGCCCUGGGAUUCCAAGCUAUAAGAAAUAAAGACUGUAGCAUAUUGGUGGCAGGUGGCCAGGAAAGUAUGUCUCGGGCUCAACAUAGUACAUAUCUUAGAGGAUCCAAAUUGGGAGCGCUUAAUCUAUCGGACACAGUAUUGGUUGAUGGUUUGACUGAUGCUUUUAAUAAUAUCCACAUGGGAAAUACAGCCGAACAUUUGGCAAAGUUAUAUAAUAUCUCCCGGCAAACACAAGAUGAGUUUGCCUUGAAUUCGCAAUCCAAAGCAAUAAACGCGAUGAAAAGUGGGUAUUUUGAGCGCGAAAUUAUUGGAGUCCCCGAUAAAAGGACCAAGGUGCUCAUUGUGAAAGACGAAUUUCCCAAACUAGAUUGUACUUUGGAUAAAUUGGGAAAACUUAGGCCUGCCUUUGACUCGACUGGAACCGUUACUGCAGGAAACGCUUCUGGAAUCAAUGAUGGAGCGGCAGCAGUCAUUUUAGCAAGUGAGCAGGAAGUAAAUAAAAAACAAUUGACACCCCUAGCGGAAAUUGUUGCUUUUUCUGAGGUUGGAUUGGAUCCUAUUUGCAUGGGGCUGGGGCCUAUUCAAGCAGUAAAUAAAGUCUUGCAAAAGGCAGGGUGGGCGAAAGAAGAUGUUGAUCUAUUUGAAUUAAAUGAGGCAUUUGCAGUCCAGAGUGUAAUCUGUACCAACGAACUUGGGCUUGACCCCAGUGUGGUAAACGUUUCAGGCGGGGCGGUUGCGCUGGGACAUCCUAUUGGAGCAUCGGGUACCCGUUGCUUGGUUACAUUGAUUUACAAUUUAAAAAGAUUGAACAAAACUAAAGGAGUUGUUUCCCUAUGUAUUGGCGGGGGAAUGGGAAUUGCAAUGGCGGUCCAAGUCUGCUGAUUUUAAGUACUCACACAAAAUUGUUUACAAAAAUUAAGUGCCUACGCAAUGCGCAUAUAUUUUUACUAGGCAAUAUUGUCUAUUCUUCUGGGUGAUUUCAUUGGCAAUAUGCAGGGUGAUCCGAUGUAAUGGAGACCAACCAUUUAUAGUCUUCAAUUUUAUUAAUAGGCAAUGCUGUGUGCCUUAGCCGUGUUGUAGAAGUUCAAAUGUGUCUGAAAUUGCCCCGCGGUGGUCCGUAGGUUUUUGUUUUCGUAGUUUUAUAUGCAUAAUUUUCAUUGUAAGUUUCCCGUCACACCUAAAACUUUUUGUCUCCCUUGUUUAGUGUCACCCUGUAAAUCAAUUGCAGACCAUCCGUAUUAUUAUUGAAAAAUAGUGUAUCAAGUUGUUUGUUAUAACUCGACACGGGAAAUCUUCAUUAGCCCCAAUUAUUGCUAUUAAACAGACAGUCAUUUUUUAUCUCAUAAUUUCUUUUCGUAAAAUCACAUUUUUAUAAGGCCUUGAUGAUUUUUUUUACCGAUAUAAAUAUAUUUGAUUAAUGUUGUCAUGAACUGGCGCUACAAUCACCGGAAAUGUUGCCUUUAUGCAGACUACAUUAUGGACAAGUAAUAAACAUUUUUUUGAAAGUAUUAUUACAUGGACUACAACUUUGAGCAACAUAGUUGGACCACCGUGUAAAUUGUGUUAUGUAACUGAUGUAAUU